AUCACAUGACAAGGGACAAGGAAGAUGAGCCUUGUUUGAGAGAGACUUCACGCAUGAUGUAUAGAAGUAUUGUAGAUAGAUUUAUUUUUGUAGCAUGUUUUUUUGUUGUUAAUUCUGAGAAUGGACACGAAUAUUCCCUUAGAUUCCCCUUGGACCUUUCAUUGGAUUAUCUGCAGAUACAGUACACAGAACAAAAAUAUGGAUUGGUGAUGAUUUCGAAUGGGUCGGCCCCAUACCCCGUUUAUGACACCUGUAUUGCAUACCUUGAAGAAUUUGGUAUACAUGCAUCCAGAUUUAUAAGAUGUACAAUUGAAAAGGCAAGGCCGUUUCGUUUCUGUGAGGAAUGCGUUGUCCACUACAAGCAUGCGAUGCAGUCGUAUGCAGAUAUAGAAGAGGAUGAUGAAGAUAAAAAUGGCUGCAAAAGUUUAUUGUUAAAUGCUGAUCGUAUCCAAGUCCUGAAUGAGAUUUACAACAACAUAAAACAGAUCUGGGAGGAAGCUAACUGCAAAGAAUGUUUCAGUAGUGUGUCUAUAGAUGUCAAUGGUACAGUUGUAUUUCAAUACAGCAAGGACACAACAGAGUUUAUGGACAAAUAUAAAACAGUGUCAUCAUGUUUUCGGCAUUAUUCAUUUCCUAGGGAUGGCAAUGAUAGUGUAUGUCUGGUUUGUCGUGGGAACUACACACAACUUAAUUCCUUUUACAAGGAAGUCAGAGCAGCUAAAAAGGACUUAGUGUGUAUGGAUCUGGUGGACAUGAUGAACUACACAAGGUUGAUGUGGGGGCAGCAACUGCACUGCACGAAACACUCCGCUGACGAUGCAAUAGUGGUCAUCAUAGGGAUCAUUUUCCUGACAAUGCCAAUCCUUUUCUAUGUUGGAGCUAGAUACUUUGUAGCCAGGACCAAACGGAAACUCAUGUUACAAAAAAGAAUGUCACAGAUUGCUGCUCGAACAUUGUUUGUUUCACUGGCUGAUAGCACUAAAGAGGAAGAGGAAACACAGCUUUUAUCUUCGUCCUCCUGACAGGGUUGGUUAGCUGACCUAGCAGGAUGUGUCCAUGUGAUGAUUUAAACUGUCCAGGAGGAUAUCUGUGAUCAGAUUGUCAAGGAGGAUAUCUGUGAUGUGACGGUCCAGGAGGAUAUCUGUGAUGUGACGGUCCAGGAGGAUAUCCGUACCUGUGAUGUGAUUCCAAAGUUUAUCAAACAUCUUUUAUUAUUAUACUGUAUCUUACAGGAAAUAAGAAUCAUUGACAGAGAAAAUGAGGGGAAGAAAGAGGAUCUUGAGAAAAAAAAUGCAUUUUUGAAAGAUUUUGUGAAUAUUAUUGUUGAGUGUAAGAGAUAUAAAAAGACAGUGUACAAGUUGUAUGUUAACGUUAUAGUAAUUGUCAAAUAUUUCAAGUGUGUAAUCAUGACUUGUUAAUCAAUAAGUGAGUGUUCAUUAAUGAAAUUAUAACAGAUACAUUGUAUGUAUUAAAGGAAAUGACCAGUUUUACAACUGACUGGUAAAUGAACUUAUAUAGAAUACACCAUCUAUCUUUUACUCAGGUGUAAAUCUUCUCUGGCCCGGAUAUACUGGCCAGGUUGUCAGGUCAAGGUCAAGGCCACUGUUACUAUUUUUUGAAAGACCUUGUCAGCUAGUACUCUUGCGGCUUCAUUCUUUGUGGAAUUUUGAUCAAACUUCACAUAAAUGCAAAAGACCAUGAUAUUUCAAGUUGAGGAUUUUUGGGUCAAGGUCAUGAUCACUAACUAUUUCUAGGGGUGAGGGGUAGAGAACAAUUUAAUUGCCAUACCUAGUAUGCUUGUUUUUUAUGACACAAUUUUCUCCAGGUUUCUGACUUAAAAAUCAGCUAAUUUGUUACAUGUAUGUAUACAUAAACACCUUGACCAUGCAGGGACAUUUUUGUAUACAGUAGUGUAUGCAUUGAUAUGGUAAAGCUUGUGUACAUGGGCAGUUGUAGAAUGCAAAAAAGUACAGAGUUGAAAUUAAACUUACGUUAUUUUUCUUAGAAAUAUUUCAUGAUUUAUACUCAUUUAGCUAACAAAAACCAUUGUUAUAUUCCUAAGAAAUCCUCUCAGGAUGAGCAGUCAAGUGUUUCCCAUGCCCUUGCAACGCACUGGACAUACAUGUACAUAUGUACAUAGCUUCAGGUUGAUAUAUUUAUAUACUUUCCUAGAAUUCCAUGUUUUAACAGAUUGCUUGAGAAUCAUGUAUGUAUAGACACAUUAGUGGAUGAUAUCUAAUCAGAAGCUGUAGAAGAUCUGGAUUGAGUACAAAAACCUCAAUAAUAAAUUGGGGUAUUUAUUAUUCUAAAUGUAUCCAUAGAUAAUAGGUACGUCAGAUCAAUGUUACAGGGCUUCCCAUGAGAUUAUUACUGAAAAAGUAGGUUAUGUCCCUUUCUGGUAUAAAUACUCCAAAGCUAAACUCAUUGGAGGAUUUGAAAAGCUGUCUCAGCUGUUCGGUAGUUUUAUACUUGUUUGCACAUUCACACGUAACAAGGUGAUUUUGUCCUAUACAUCUAUUGUCGACCUUAAGGGGUUAAAAGAUUGAAGCGUCUUUUUGGAAGGAUGGCUGUUUACAACUUGAGUAUACAUGAGUAUAUAUCGUUUCUUUCAACAAAUAAGCAUAAUAGCUUUAAGCUUUCAACAGUGAUCCGCUGGAUGUAUUAGAGUAUACAGUACCGUAAUAAAGACACAUAUAAACCUUUAAUUACCUACAUAAAAGGGAAAAAUCGAUUCAAUAGUAAAAUACCUUUUAAUUGUAGCAGUAAACGAUGAAAUUUAUAUUUAAGACCUCUGUUUUUGUCCCAUGUUGAUGCAAUUCAUCUGAAGGUAAAACAAAUUCAUUGACUAAGUCACUGCUGGGUUAUCAUACUGUAUAAUAUCAGUGUACGUGGGAUGCCAUACUAAUGUGUGUGUGGUUCAGUGUGAUAGCACUAUAAAAGCAUUUGUCCAUGGCCCAUCUUAUUUGGUCUUAGUAAGGAUUUCAACCCCAAAACAGACAAACUAAAAUCUAAUCAAAUUAAAUAUUUAGUAUCAUCUAAGAUAAAGAGUGGUGUAAAGGAUUUAGAACUAGUAAAUUUUGGUAAAAUUAUUUCAGCUGUCAUCACACCACCAUGGCCUUUAAUGUUUCAGUGACUUACACAUGCUAAUACAUGUAUGUACUUUAGUAUUUAAAGUGUUUAAAUUCAACACUGGUGUUUCUUUUGAGAUGUAUUUCCUUGACUGUCUAUGCAUUUACCUGAAGUACAGGAUAUAAAGGAUUACUGUACCUGUAUGAUGUGGCAAUAUUAUAUAACUGUAUAUUUCAUGUAUUAUAUUUUCGUUAUUACAAAAGAAAUAAAGAUGAGUCUAUGAUAUGAAAGUAAACAA